CAUCGCCUCGCAGAUCGUUAGCCCGCAGUCAAAAUGGCGCGGGAGUCGGAGGUGGUGAUAGAUUACCUGACCGAGGUGGAGCUGCUGGCAGAGAACGUGAUAGCGGAUAAGCAGCAGUUGCAGGUUUGUACAAUGUAUCUUUGACUUUCUCUGUCCGAUUGUGGAGAAAGUUCUUUAUGCCUCACAUCUACUGCAGAAGGGUUGCUAUUUUUGGUCAGAAUUGACUUCCAACUCCAUGAGUCAUGGAAUAACCCACUGAAAAACUCAGGCCAUUUCUACAGAUCAUUAGUCUGGAUGGAGAAGAAUCGGAACCGUGAAGCACUGAGGGCAUUGCAAAAUAGCAACAGCCAAUCAGAUAAUGUGAUGGUUUGUUUUGGAAACAUGUUUAUCAAAUUCCCCAAGUCUAGGACGAAGGACAUGAUUCAAAAAGAUCAAGAGCAGUUGGAUGAAGAAAUAUGUAAGCUUUGUAAUCAGUUGAAAGUGAAAGUUAAUCGUUUAAAUGAAGCACAAGGAAAACCUGAACUUAAAGGAUUCAAUCUGACUCCUUUAACCCAAGAAGAAAUGCAGGCCGUUACCAAGAUCCUGAAAAACUGACAGUGCAUGGUUGACAUUGAGAAUGGUGUUACACUGUGUGUUGGAGGGAACCAUGGACAGCAGAUGAUGCAAGAUGAUAUAAAGAUGCUGACAGAGGUUGAGUUCAAAAAUUCACUGCAAUUGGCCCCAUCAGGAUUGUGACUUGGAAAAUACUACAAUUUGUAGCUGUUCAUUUUUUUUUAACCAAAUCUUGCUUGGAACCUGUACAAAUAUAUUAACUUGCCACCAUAGUUGACCACUUGUAAUGUGAACUUUUAAAAAUAAAAAUAUUCAUCUAUCUUUUUCUAAACAAA